AAGGUGUAAUGUACACCUCUAGGAGCAGGCGUUUGUCAAUUCAUUUCCAUUUUGAAUUCUCAACACGCCACACGUCCCACAAAAAUAAAUCGGGAUGAAUUUCGAAUUUACGUUUGAAAAAUUUCUGGAAACAACUCCAAGGUUCCAAUAUCCACUUUCGCAGCUAGGUUUUGAGGCGAAAGAGAUUACCGAGAAGAUAAGUGAUACUUUCUACGAAAUAAACUCGGAUUUUCGUGGCAUUAUGCUGAAUUUGAUGGAAACUUGUACUACUCACUACGAUUACAAAUUCAAUCAGUUUGGACUGGUGCUGAAAAUGCCGUUCAAGGUAACCCCGACUGAAGGACGCUACGUGCAAGGCACUUGGUCGCACGACCUGAAGACUGCUGUGAAGCAUCCAGUGGUAAAAGGCGGAAAGGUUGAUCCCAAUUUGUUGAAAAAAUCGUUCAUAAGGAACUACAAGAGAGCUCUUGGCCACAUUGGUCAGCUGAAGAGUGAGAGUGGCAAGAGCUACACCUUCAAGCUUACGUCUGGAUUUGCUGACGGCCGGGUAGUAUUUGAAAUGACUACCUUUGACGCCGGCAUAAAGGUUGAGAAUCUUCUUUUCAAGUUUCCACUUGCGUUUAUUUUUGAGGACGAUCCCAGAAUAUAUUUGGGCACUAGGCGCCACUUUACGGUGGUCGAAAUGACACAUGAGCAGAUAAUGAGGAAUUCUGCACGCCUGGUGUCGCAUUUUUUGAUGAUUCUAACACAAAUUGUAGACUUAUCUGCUCACCAAAUAGAAGACAUCUACUAUGAAUAUUUAGUUGUAUCUAAACUUCAGAAAAAGACUUUAUUCGUGAUUACGUGGGAGGUACUUCUUCUCAUCAAUCACACCCUCAAGCAUCCCAAUGUGCUGGGCGUCUUGCUAUUCCAUCUAAUACAGUUUAGAAAGACGAACGCCGACGUUGCUGUGUUUUCGGCCUUCCUUGCUAGUUUCAUCUCGAAUUAUAAGCGCGUUGAAGACGUGGAUUGUUAAACUACUUCUUAAGUUUUGUAUUUAUAAGCAGCAUUUGUUGUAGCCCCUUUGGGUGUCUCUUUCGCAAAUAGAACACAAAUAUUACAAAGAUCAUCGCGGGAUCAGUGAGCACAGAAUUUGGGAGAGUCUUGAUGCAACGUUUUGGU